CGUUCUUACGAUACCGGUGAUUCCUGUUUAGAAAAAACAUAUGACGAUACAUAAAAACGUAAUAGUCAUAGGAGCUGGAGGACUUGGAUGCGAAGUUAUCAAAAAUAUAGUCUUACUAGGUUCACGCAAUAUCACAAUCGUUGAUCCAGAUAUCAUAGAAAUACAUAAUAUUACAAGACAGUUUUUAUAUAAGGUCGAUGAUGUAGGUAAAUACAAAGCAAUAGUGGCAGCAGAACGAAUUAAAGAAUGUAACAGCAAUAUUAAAGUUGAAGCAAUAACCAAAAGAGCACAGGAACUACCCAUCUCUGUGUUAAAGCAAAAUGAUAUUGUUAUAACAGCGGUGGACAAUCUUGAAACAAGAAGAUGGAUCAACCUAAUCAUGCGAGUAAUUUGGGAACAAUUGAAAAAUGAAUGGAAGGAUAAUGGAUACAAUAGAGAAUCAACAUUACCAAUGUUUGUAGAUGGAGGAUCACAAGAAUUAUACGGACAUGUGAGAGUAAUCAAAUCCGAACAAGAGCCAUGCAUAGAGUGUUCCAUGUCAUUGUUCGUGGAUAAGGAAAAUGCCCCUUCUUGCUCAAUUCCAAACAAACCCAAAACAGCAGAAGAUUGUAUACGAGCUGUAAUAGACCUAAAUUGGGAUAAUAUAAAUAAUAACGAGGGAAAUCGCAAUGAAGCAGUUAUCAAAGCCAUAUUCAACAAAGCUACACAAUAUGCAUCCAAACAUCAUGUGGAUGGCGUAACAAUGCAAAUGGUACAAAACAUUGUUCAAAACCGUGAAAUAAAUAUAAAUACCACAAACGCAAUCAUAGCUGCAAUCAUAUUAAAGGUCAUCAUGACUCAUUCAAAAGAUAACUUCUACUUCUACAGCGGUGAAGGGCAAACAGUAUUGGAUCAUUUUACCAUGGAGAAGCAGCGGGAUUGCGACCUGUGCAACUGCCAAGUGGCCACUGCCACUGUAGAUGAAUCGCAAACUAUAAAGCAACUUAUUACGCAAUUAGAAACACAAAUAGGCUGUGAAGACAUCAAUAUCACUACCGAAAAGGGGACUUUAUAUAUGUCAACGCCCAAAGAAUUGAGACGACUGUACAGCUCCAGGUUGGAAACUACCAUAAGCAAAAUGAAAGAUAUGAUUGGUUCCGGGCUUUACAUAACCUCAACUAAGCAAAACAAAUGGUACUACAUCGACAUCCAAUAUUCAACAAACGACACAAGAUAUAAACAAUAGGGGAAAUAAACACAGGAG